AUGAUCCUCCGAGCGGCCAUUUUUGGGCUGUUGCUUCUCAGUGCGGGGCUGGUGGCCCAGUCGAUGGACGAAGAAGAAUCGGUGAGCAUCGGCAAUGGCCAGGGUUUCGGCAGUGGGAACGGCCACUCAGAAGAUGAUGAAGAUUAUGUCCAAGGCUCCGGUCUACCUCCAGACCGUCCGUACGCCACGCCACCUACCGUAUCCAAGACACCAUCCACCAAAGCCCCAGUAACGACCACCACCCAACAAGUCAAGAAAAGCCAGUCGACGAUUAUCACGCAGCGGCCGAGGAUUGAUCCGGUUACUGAAGCCACAACCACCACGACGAGAAGGCCUAUUGGCAAAACAACUGAAAGUAAUGUGCAGGCAAACGCUGCCUGGACAAAUCAUUUGAUCAUCAUCAUGCUGAUCGCGUUGAUCUUGACGCUGGUCAUCCUCAUUGGGGCUGUGCUGAUCUGCAGAGGUUGUAGCAAUAAGAAACGAAAGUACCGUACCGAGAAUCAGGCGGCCAGCGCGAACGGCUUGCUGUCAAAAACGGACUAC